AUGAAGUUCUUCAAAUGGAGUGCUGGUGCCGCAACGUCCUUGGUAGCGCUGUUAGCUAUCAGUGGAAUUUCGGCAGAAAGUUUGAUGGAACCUGCUACCGGAUUCGUUUCUAAAGGCGAUUCUCUGCUCUCAACGGGAGAUGUGUCGGGAGCUUUGGAACAUUAUGACUCUGCUGUCAGGAUUGAUCCAGAAAAUUAUUUAUAUCUGUUCAAAAGAGGGGCAGCCUUGCUUUCUCUUGGAAGGGACCUUCAAGCAUUAAAAGACUUUGAUAGAGCUUUAGAGAUAGGACCUAAGUUUGAAAGUGCAUUGAACCAACGGGCUAAAAUAAACCUCAAGUUUGGCAGAAUAGAAUCUGCUCUGGAUGAUGCGAAAGGUCUGAAAGCUAUAACCGCCCAAAAUAUUAUUGAGAGCGCUGCUAUUUACAGUAAUUCAUUGCAACAAGCACUCAAAGCUGAAAAGAAAGGAGAUAUCGAAGGUUGUAUUGCCCAUGCUUCAGAGGCAUUAGCUGUAUCGCCAAACAGCUUGGAAAUGCGUAAGCUCCGUGCGAAAUGUCGUAUCAGUCAUAACGAUAUGCGAGAGGCUCUAGUGGAUCUGAGUCAUGUCCAGAGCUUGACACCAUCUAAUCCUGAAUCAUUUGUGACAGCGGUGAAAAUCUAUUAUUACAGCUUCCAUGAGUAUGAUAGUGCCAUGCAAACCCUGCGUCGCUGCUUACAGUAUGAUCCAGAUUGCGCGGCAUGUUUAAAAGUCCACCGACAAAUUAAGAAGAUCGAAAAGAAGAUAUCCAAGUAUUCGAAAGACUCCUUAGCUAAGAAAGUCGCAGAGCACGAAGUGUGGAAGGAAGUAAAGACGACGUUAGAUCAACAAAACGUUUACAAGGAUAUCGAAAAGGAUGUCCUGAGCAAUCUAAAAGAAGUUGGUACGACUGGUGAAAAUUCUGGUCUACUCCGUGAUCUUCAACAAAUACUAUGCGAAGCAUACUACAAUACCAAGGAUUUCAAAUCCAAACAGGGUCAAGAGUACUGUAAAAUUGCAUUUGAAAAUGACAGAACGUUUGCUACAGCUGUGCUAUAUCAAGCGAGUGUGGAGAUGGAUAAAGAUAACUUUGACAUAGCCGCUCAGAUACUACACGACUUCCAGCAAAGUACUGGUAUCCAAGACCACAAAGUGGCUAGUAAGCUACGGGAAGCACAGAUUCUUGCUCGUCGUGCUAAAGAAAAAGAUUAUUAUAAAGUGCUCGGUGUUUCACGGACUGCUGAUGAUAAGGAGAUCAAGAAAGCGUACCGUGGACUCACCAAACAAUUCCACCCCGAUAAGUACAGAGGACAAAUGACAGCCGAAGAGGUAGAGCGGAAAAUGGCGGAUAUUAACGAAGCAUAUGAAGUGCUUUCAGACGAAGAAAAGCGUCAACAGUUUGACAACGGCCACGAUCCAAACGACCCCAACGGAGGUGGCCCAGGCGGGCCAGGCGGUAACCCGUUCAGGGGCACGCCUUUCCAUUUUCAGGCUGGUGGACCAGGUGGGUUCCAUCAACAGCAUUUCCAAGGUGGUUUUGACUUUGGCUCGUUUCAAGAGCAAUUUAUGAAGCAGCAGUUCCGUGCCCAAAGUCGUUAG